UAGCCAUUGUGGAAAUUUGAAAUACUGUAUUUACUAUCUCCUGUGACAAAUAAGGAUUUGUGACCAUUGUGGUUUGUGAACGCUAAAUGAGAAAGGGAAGGACACCAUGACUUGAUUUACUGCUACGAACGUGAUUUAAAGGUAAACUGAUUUCUUUUAGGGAAGGAACUUAUGUUAGUAGGGUUUCAGUGUUUAUUAGCAUCCACCUCUGGCCUGGUGACAUGCAUAAGAUUAAAUGUUUUGUUAAUGUGCUGAAAACCCACCCACAAGCAAGAACAUACAUGUGCACAAACAAAAAGGCUGUCACUUCCCCUAGGAUGAUGGCUUAACGAAUCAAGUUGCAAAGGAAGCACAUUUCAGAGAAGCUGAUUAAUCUCUUGUGUUUCAUUAACCUGCGCCUCAAGCUCCCCAGGGCAUAAAACAUAGUUUUGCUUUUUGGCUUUCUGAGGGCCUAACAGGGACUGUCUUACCAGAUCGUAACACAAAGACACCUCUGCUGUCAGUUUUUUGUCGUGAUGACACAGGCAGGAUCGCCUUCUUCCAUUGGCCCCAAGAAGGAAUGUGUUAAGUUAGCUCACUGCACCCACAAAGACCAGUGAGGUGAUUAUGCUGCUGCAUAACAUGUUGGCAGCAUGCUGGGGGAUGAACUGAACUGAAUUAUAUUCACCUGACAUACAUUAAAGCAAAGAUGGAGCAUGCUUUAAGACUUUAUAUCAGCUGUUAAAACUGCUUCAUCGUCAAGGUUGCUGAGACGAUGGCUGCAAUGAACGGCUCCACGGAAGAGAAUGGAAACACAAAGCUUCCUGGGAUGGGACUUCGUGUCUCUGUGUUCCCUGUACAAAUUGCCUUCUACAUCGGCCUGGUGAUACUAAGCAUCCUGGGUAAUGCCACCGUGAUCGGGGUGAUUGGUAAGAGCUUAAUAAUGGACCGUGGUGGGGGACGUAACUCGGACAUCAUUAUCAUUAACAUGGCAGUGUCUAACCUGCUGGUGUCUGUAAUGAGGAACAUACUGCUUAUCAUCUCAGACAUAGGACUCCAGCUGUACUUAUCCAAAGAUUGGUGUCAGUUCUUCAUGGGUGUCUGGGUGUGGCUGCGAGCCGUCAACGUGUGGUCAACACUCUUCCUCAGUGCGUUCCACUUCCAGACAUUGAGGCGUGUGACUCCCGUUAUCGGGAACCUUCACAAGUCCCAGGGCGCUUCUACGACCCUACUGCUGAGUCUGAGCCUCAUCUGGCUUCUCAACUUUAUUUAUGCCAUUCCUGCUCAUGUCUUUUCCACUAAUGGGAAUAAGAACAGCACAGAGACCCUGAUGCUGGUGAGCGUCACAACGCGCCCCCUGAUGGGCUGUGUGUGGAACUUCCCCUCCAGCUACAGUGGCCUGGUCUACACCACCUCAUCUAUGGUGAUCCAUGAAGUAAUUCCCAUAAUCCUAAUGACCUUUACCAACCUGGGCUCCCUUUACACACUCUACACUCACAGUAGGAUGCGGAGUUCAGUGCAAGAUGCACUUUUCACAAAACGGAUUCCUGCUGAGAGACGAGCAGCCAAGGUGAUUCUCGCUAUCAUAAUACUCUUCAUUGGCUCAUGGGGAACCAGCAUUAUCACUGUCAACUAUUUCAACUACAACCGCGGCUCCUCCACGGAGUUUGUUCUGGUCAUUGCUCGUUUUUCCAACAGUAUCUUCAUUGCCGUGUCACCUGCUAUUCUGGCAGUUGGCCACCGGCGGCUGCGUUCUUUCGUCAAGUCUAUGCUCACUCACUGACAGAUCCCCUGGCUGACAGUACACUCUGCAACUUUUAUUUAACAUUAAUUAUAUUUAAAGGAGGUUUAUGGUUAUGAAUAUA